GUUACAACAAAACUUUUACAGUUUCUCUAGAAAGAACAGAAUCUCAUCAAUUGAAGGAAGUGGCUUUUAUGAAUCUUGGCAAUUAUGUGGCUGCUUAUUUGCCUGGCCAGUUCCUGCACCUCCUGAAUAUUCAGCAUCCUGACCUGCUGUGCUAUAGUUUAUUUCUGACAGGUGAGGAUGCAAGAAUUGACAUGUUGCAAAACUGCUCCAUCCGAUCCCCACUUGUGUCAACAGUCUUGGAUUGCCACGUAGGAAGUAUGUAUGCUGUAAGCAUCAGUGACAGUGCCUUACUACAGUUCCUACAGAACAGCAAACGAGACAGCGAGAGAUUGGCAGCUCUACAUUGUGCUCUGUUGUACUUCCAACACACAGAAGACUUGGAAAUGCAGAUUAUUUGGUGGAUUUCUGAGAACCUGUCAACAUGUCAUUCUUUUGACCCCAUUCAAGAAUUUAUCAUUGCCUCCCUGUACUGCAGAAUGUGUCCAGAAACUCACAACCUGGAUAAACUUUUGCCCUACACGUCACUGCUUGACUGGAUUGGGAUUAUUCCUGGAGUAACAUGUGCAACAGAAAUUAUUUCUCUACCAGUGUUGGAGUUCCAAAACUCCAAAGGCUUCUGGGAGAAACUCAACUCAAACUUGGAGAGCGUGAAGUAUGCAGAGCCACACUUGCAUUACCACAAUAAUGUGCUCAGGAGGGAAUGGCGUAAUCUUUCUGAAGAGGGAGAGGAGAGAAGAACCACAGCAUAUUUGAGGAAUAUUUUUGAAAAUGCCAAAAAGGUGCUUUCUCAUCUGAACACUUGGGACUCUGAGGAAAGGCUAGUACCUCUCUUUCAAGAGGAAGAUUAUCAGCAGCAAUUACUAAUGGGACUGAUGGUUGCUCAGCUAAAGGAUCACCUUAUGAGACAUCUACAGUAUGUAGGAAAAAAGAAGAUUGACCAAAUAGUUUUGGAUUAUGUUGCAAACCUGUUGAAUCUGGUACAUCGAAUAAUGAAAGAAGUUUGGAGGAGAUACCAACUUCAUUCCUGCAUCUUCUGCUUUGAUGAGAGAGGAAGUACAGGAGAGUUUGCAGUGUUCCACAUCAUGAGUCGAAUUCUGGAAGCUGCAAAUGGCAUGUGCAUGCCUUUACCUCCUGGUUUUCACACUCUGCACUUGGGGCUUGGUGUUCGAUGUCUCCCCCUGCACACCCUCCUGCACUAUAUUGAUAAUGGAGUCUUGCAUUUGACAGAAACAUGUGUCAGGAAGUUGCUGAAAGACUUGGAUGACACUGAGAAGAAUGAAAAGCUGAAGUUCAGUAUUGUCAUGAGGCUUCCCGAG